GGAGGGGGGGAGGGGACGCGACGCGCGUUGGCGGCGGCCCCGACUGCCUGACUGACUGACUGAGGGAAGAAGGCGGCGGCGGCCGCGGGGGACACUCACGGUCUCUGCUGCUGCUUCUUCCGCCGCCCGUCCAGGCCCGGCGCCGCUCGCCGCCCUCCUUCCUCUCCCUCACGCGACGGGGGAGGCCAGCGCAGCCCCGAACGAAGCGCAAGCCGCCUCCUCCUUCCGGUGAACGCCCCGAUCCUGCCCAAGCGCCGCCUCGCCGCUCUUUUGCCUCGGGAGGGAGGAAGGAGGGGAGGAAGGGAGGCUGCAGGCCGCGGGGACAGCGAGGAAGAAGCCAGGCUGAGGCGACCGGAGGGGCCACCCCAGGGUCAUCUAGUCCGACCCCCCUGCAAAUGCGGGGGUCUCUCUCUCUCUCUGCGAAAGAAGCCCACCGGGGACGUUUGGUUCCCAAGCAGUGGUGCGAGCCAGAAACCCCUUCUGAGGGGAAGGCGGAGGGCUCCAUAGUCAGCGUCGGUUUCGAAUUCAAAAUGGGGGCGGGGUGUGAGUUUGACUGGCGUGCUCCUUCAAGGAGGACUUUAUUAUCGUUUUUAUUGUUGGUUGUUCGCCGCCCUGAGCCCGGCCUUGGCUGGGGAGGGCGGGGUAUAAAUAAAAUAUUAUUUAUUUAUUUAUUUAUUAUUAUUCCUCGUCCUGAAUUCUCCCUCCCGCUCUCUCCCCCCCCACCACAGGGCUCCUCUCGGACUUGCCUAAUUUGUGCCCCCCCUCCCCAAUAAAGCCCUGCCAAUGCCACGGCAUCCCCUCGUACAGCACAUCGUUGGCCCCCACAACAGCCUUGCAGAGCAGUCCCGUGGCGGGUUAGCUGGAACUCGGCCCCGCCAAGCCGCCCUCCAAAGCCCAAAUCCAGCUGCAACACAGCAGGCUGGUAGAAGACAUCUGGAAAGCAGCUGGAAGCCGGUCUCCUCCCCCCCCCUCAAAAUUGACUUAUUGACCGACUUGGGAGAAGACUGUUUUGAACCCGGAAGCUGCCCACGCAGGCAACGACGUCAGGGUGCCUCUAUACUUUUUUAAAAAAGUAGUCUUAUCUCGUCGCAGCUUUGAGCGGCUUCCUUUUCCGGUGACGCUUCGCCCCUCCCCUUCCGGUUCCCUCAGAUGGUCAGUCGCUCCGGGAACUUGGAGCCCCGCGAUGAGGAGCACGUGCUGCGCAGACGCCGGAGGAAAAUAAAGCCGCAGCUGACGGUGGGUCCAACCAGCGGGCGGGGAAGCGGUGAGGGUUGUUGGGUCAGAGCUCCCCAAGGAAGGGCAGAAAGAGAGUGUCUCUGACCCAGUGCAGAGUGCAUUUCUCUCGUUUCCCGCGUAGAGGGCAUAUCCGUGCGGACGGUAGAGCACGGGGUGCUGUAGUUGUCACCCUCUCCUACGUGUUUGCUGAGAAAUCCCAACUCGUGAGUACCUACUCAAGUGUAGGAAGUCCGUAAAAAGCAGAGGCAUCACCUUGCCAACAAAGGUCCGCAUAGUUCAAGCUAUGGUUUUCCCAGUAGUGAUGUAUGGAAGUGAGAGCUGGAAAUGCUUGGAACCCCAGGAAUCUUGAACCACUUGGGGUGGCAUGCAACAAGGUCACAGGGUAGUGACCCCAAAAUUGGCAUUUUCUACCAUUGCCCCAUUGCAGAGACAUCACCUUGCCAACAAAGGUCCGUAUAGUAAAAGCUCUGGUUUUCCCAGUAGUGAUGUAUGGAAGUGAGAGCUGGACCAUAAAGAAGGCUGAUCGCCGAAGAACUGAUGCUUUUGAAUUCUGGUGCUGGAGGAGACUCUUGAGAGUCCCAUGGACUGCAAGAAGAUCAAACCUCUCCAUUCUGAAGGAAAUCAGCCCUGAGUGCUCACUGGAAGGACAGAUCCUGAAGCUGAGGCUCCAGUACUUUGGCCACCUCAUGAGAAGAGAAGACCCCAGGAAAAGACCCUGAUGUUGGGAAAGAUGGAGGGCACAAGGAGAAGGGGACUACAGAGGACGAGAUGGUUGGACAGUGUUCUCAAAGCUACCAGCAUGAGUUUGACCAAACUGCGGGAGGCAGUGGAAGACAGGAGUGCCUGGCGUGCUCUGGUCCAGGGGGUCAGGAAGAGGUGGAUACGACUAAACGACUAAGCAACAACAAUCAAUUGGCAGCAGAGCCCUGCACAGUGGUACCUCGGGUUAAGUACUUAAUUUGUUCUAGAGGUCUGUUCUUAACCUGAAACUCUUCUUAACCUGAAGCACCACUUUAGCUAAUGGGGCCUCCUGCUGCUGCUGCGCCGCCAGAGCACGAUUUCUGUUCUCAUCCUGAAGCAAAGUUCUUAACCUGAAGCACUAUUUCUGGGUUAGCAGAGUCUGUAACCUGAAGCGUAUGUAACCUGAAGUGUAUGUAACUCGAGGUACCACUGUACCUGAAUUGGGGUCUGUGCAUUGGAAUACGUCUGUGGACAGCCACGCUAAAUAUGGAUGCUGCAGGAAGAAGACCUGACAGCGAGGAUGGGGCUGAAAGUGUGUCCCAGCUCCACCAUCAGUACACAUGUGCCCUGCAUGCAAGUAGCAUGUGAGCAGGGCUACUGGCUCUCCAGGUCACAUACUUUGAGUAAGGUGUUGCUAAUUUACAUCAUUUACCUGCCUGAUUAGAAUUGUAGAGUUGGGAAGGACUUUGAGGUUUAUCUAGUCCAACCCCCAGCAAUGCAGGUAAUCUUUUACCCAACAUAGGGCUCAGACUCAUGACCCUGAGAUUAAGAGUCUCAUGCUCUACCAACUGAGCUAUUCUUUGGCAAUUUCCCAGGAAAAUGAAAUUGUUUAGUUCCAAUGGACUUGAACUGUAUGUGUAGAUAACAUCUGCACAGAUGUAUCCUAAAGGCAGUGCUAAAAGCAUACAUCCAAGUCAUCCGUUAAAAAUAGCAGGAAAUGCUGCAAAUACCAUAGAAUGUAAUGUUUCUAUGCUAAUUCUUAAGAGAUGGAAGAAAAAGAACCAUUCCCUAAGAGCCAAUACUUAUUUUCUGCAUUUCUGCUUCAGAAUUAACAUUUGCCUCCUCCCCUUCUUGUCCAGACUGGAUUCUGCAAAGACCUGCGAACCUCUCCAUGGGGCUUACCAAGCAAUAUCUACGUUACACAGGCGCUGCCCUUUUUGGAGUGGUUGCCAGCCAAAAAGGCAAUAUUGUCUAUGUGACGCUGCGGGGCGAAAAAGGUCGUUAUGUAGCAGUGCCGGCCUGUGAGCAUGUUUUCAUCUGGGAUACUCGGAAAGGAGAGAAGGUGAGCAACUUUCUUAGCAUUUGAGACGGAUGUGCAGUAGCCCAAGAUGUCACGUUUCUUGCAUUUCAUGUAUAAUAAUGUAUUUUUGUUUGCUGUGGUCACACAGAGUUGUGAUGGUGUCCGCUGAUGGCACAGUAUUCCCUUUUGGCAUUUUUCUAUUGCCAUUCCCUACACUGGAUAGAACUCUGCUUAUCCAUAUUGCAUAGAAAUACUUGAAUUAAGCAUAAGAGUUGAUAUUGUAGCAGUGCCUCUUAGAGCACUUUCAGUGGUAAUCUCUUUCUUGCUAGCAGUUUCUGCCCCUUUAUUUAUUUGUUAAUACAGAAUGUAUUCCUCUUAGUGUGGAGUAUAUAGUCAAAAUAGCAGCAACAUCGAUUUUUAAUAAGGUAUUAGCAGACUUGGAGGAAUCCCCGCACUUUAAAUUGCUCUGAGUAUAUGAUGGUUAACAGUAGUUAACAAAUCUGUGUUAUGAGUCCUAAGGCUUGCAACAUAUAUUUAAUUAAAAGAUGUGCCCUUCCAGCCUUUUCUAGGUGAGCGUGGCUGUGUCACACCAUAUGACAACUGUCUUUUGUAUUUCACCUUGCAGGUUCUCAUCCUCCAGGGCCAAAAGCACGAGGUUACUGCUCUUUGCCCAUCCCCAGAUGGUCUUCACUUGGCUGUUGGAUAUGAGGAUGGAUCAAUCCAUGUAUUCAGUCUCCUAAGUGGUGAAGGAAAUGUUACUUUCAAUGGUCAUAAGGCUGCCGUUACUGCCCUGAGGUAUGAUGAGCUGGGAGGAAGACUGGCUUCAGGAUCAAAGGUUAGAAAUUCUUUGGAUAACUGGUGGGUAAUAGAUGUAACUAAAUUGUGUCAACUGAUUGAUGAUAAUGCAGUUCAAAUUUAGGUAUGUGGCAUGUAGUGGAUGAGGUCUGGAGUGUUGGUUGAACAUAACAUCCCUGAAUCUUCAGAACAUUAUUGUCAUAAUUGAUAAUUUCUGUUUCAUUGUAAAUUGCUUUGAGGGCCAUGAAAAGGUGAUACAAUGAAGAAAGAAGGCCAUAAAAAUAUCAAGUAUCUAGCCUGUUAAUAGUUUUGUGUUUUAAAAUGUGAGCACAAGGGUGAGGUAAUACAGUGAGGUUAAUUGUAGGUUGGUAUUUGCUUGUUUUUGAUACCUUGAAUCCCUUGCUCAGUUUGGUUUAUAGUGAGCAUGGCUAAGGCAGUAGUUUCCUUCUCCUUCUAGGACACAGAUGUCAUCAUUUGGGAUGUGAUCAAUGAGAGUGGUUUGUACCGGCUGAAGGGCCACAAAGAUGCCGUUACACAGGUGGUCCUUUUGAAGGAGAAGAAUAUCCUGGUUUCCAGGUAAAGGUGCUCAAUUAAGAAUACAUCAGGCAAACCUGCUAAAAUAUGUUCUGAAGGGAUAGUUAAGAGGGGUUGUUUCUCAGAUGGGAAUCAUAGAAUUCUAGGGUCAUCUAGUCCAACCCCCUGCAAUGCAGGAGUCUCAAUUAAAGCGUCUAUGACAGAUGGCCAUCCAACUUCUGCUUUAAAACCUCCAAUGAAGGAAUCGUGUGCUUCAUCUAAGUUAAGCUGUACAUGGCCCUGUUUUCUAGUUUUUCCACUUUGUAAUGCAUGUUUAUGCUGACCUUUGAAACUCUCAGUUCACACACUGUGACUGAUAUUCUGUACACAUAUGGCAGCCACGACAGAACAGAGAUGCUUGACCCAGAGUGCUUAAUAUUAACCUAAUCCAGUGGUACCUUGGGUUACAGAUGCUUCAGGUUACAGACUCCGCUAACCCAGAAAUAGUACCUCGGGUUAAGAACUUUGCUUCAGGAUGAGAACAGAAAUUGCACAGCAGCGCAGCAGCAGGAGUGGGAGGCCCCAUUAGCUAAAGUGGUACCUCAGGUUAAGAACAGUUGCAUGUUAAGAACGGACCUUCGGAACGAAUUAAGUUCUUAACCCGAGGUACCACUGUAGUAGUUUAAGCAGGGUGAAACUGUUGCCAUUCAUUGUCUAUCUUUUUUUUUUGAAAGUGGAAAAGACACCCUGGUGAAAUGGUGGGACCUGGAUACACAGCACUGCUUCAAAACAUUGGUUGGGCACCGUACUGAGGUAAAUAGGAUGCAGAAGUUCAUAUAACAAGAUUAUGCAGAAAAAGUCAUGACUGUUGUUGUUUCCCUAUUUCUCUAGCUGUGUGUUUGAUCAUAGACAGGUUAGAAAACAAGUCCAGUUAUGCUUUAAUUCAGAAGCUAGCCUCAUUGAACUUACUUUCCAAGUAACUGCGGAAUUUAUUCCCAGCUAAAUGUGUGCUUAUGAGCAUAUCCUUAAUUCAUCUGAGAGAUGUAUCAUAUGUCUUUUGGGUACACUGUCCGUAGGAAGAAUACCACCUUUGAAUUGAAUUUACAUAUCUCGAUAAACUGGCUCCCCUUGUAGUUCAUCAUUUGCUUCUUUUGUUAAUUCAUCUUUCAGGAGAAGUAUUGCAUUUAUUAUAUGUGUGAUAAAAUCAGUGAUAAAUAAAAAGGCAAGGAUGGCAAUCUCAGGAUUCACACAGUUCUAUCCUUUCCCUCCCCGUUUCAUUUAAAAUGUGUAGUUUGACAAGAUGUAUCCUAGUGGUCCAGUCUACAAAUUUUGUUGUGCAAACGUUUCAUUUUGUUUCUCUGACAUACAGGAAAGCAUGCUGUUGCAAUAGUCAGUGAACCAGAAAGUGUGUAGUAGGAUGUUGGAAGGGGGUGUUAUUGGGUUGUUGUUUUUAUUUUGAUUAUGUGUUUUGUUGUUUUGUGGUUUUGUUCUGUGAGCCGCCUUAGACCUCCGGGUAUAUUCAAUAAAUAAAUAAAUAUGUUCCAACCAAUUUUACAGGUGUUUGUCUUGCACAGAACUUUUGGCUUCUACCUGUGAUGGUGUGUGCUGUAGGAUAUUUUCAUUUAGUAUCUCUUAGGUAAAGCGGUACUAAUUAAUCUGUCCUCCUUUAGCAAGGGGACAGUAUCUCUUGUGUGGCUGUCUUCCCCUUUCUCCAGUAGAAAGGGCCAAUUCAAAUUUUGCUUCCAUAGACACCCCCCGACUGCCAAAGUGGAAGGAGUCCUCACCCAGUUAGCUCCUGUCUACUCCAAGGCAUAAGGGCAUUGCGCAGCUUCAUUGCUGUGCUGUUUCUGUCUCUCAAAGCCCAUAGUGGUUCUUUCCACAUACAUACACAUUGCAGAAUAACCAGCUAAUAUGGGGGGGGGGGUUAGUCAUUGCCAGCAGCAAGGAGGAAGGAGACAUUUAGUGGUACAGUGACCCUGCUAGGCAGGGCAACCAACCCUGAUCAAAAAGAAGGUGCAGCACUGGAGGCCAGGCACAAACUCCAUUAUGAAGGGACCAAGAAAGGCAUGGUGCUGGGGGGUUCACCAUCUACAAAACAUUCCUUCCCUUUUGGGGUCCAGAAGAUUUUCUGGGAUGGUUGAAUUCUGUAAGAAAGGGCAGUUCCAGAGCUUUACAGGACCCCUUUUCUGCUUCUCAAAAAGUGGCCCAUUUUCAUUUAGUAGCUCUGGUUACAUAUUUAUCCUACGAAUACAAGGAAUCCAAAUUGGUUUUGAAUGGCUUAUUUAUUGCUGUUAAUGAGGGGGCCGAUCCUAAUUAAAGAUAAUGAAGCCCUUUGGCAUGUUCUCAUUUAGGUGUGGGGAUUAGCUAUAGUUUCUGACGAAAAGCUGCUUAUCACCGGUUCUGCUGACAGCGAAUUGCGGGCAUGGGACAUCAGCUAUUUCCAGGAGGUAAGAGCAUAACACUUGCAUCGUAACAUUUGUAUCUGCUUGUUUUUAUGGAAUUUAUACGGUUCCUUUAUUUGUAUUCCAUAUCGCUGGUUGCCUCCAUGAACACUUUGCAGAAGAGUGGGACGUAAAUGUAAACAAAUAAUAAUAAUUUUCCUGUGCCUUGUGACAUUAGUCCUUUGAAUAUACUGCUGCCGGUCUUGUAUUAAAAGUGGCCUAGGAAGUUCUAACAAUGGCCUUUUGAGGAAAAAGUCACUUCCUUGCCUUUUUCUGAACAAUAAAGCUUUGUAGAUGCAAAGCUGCAGGAAUUAUAUAUGGAAUCUGUGACUAUAAUUGAAGGGAUCACUUGGGUUGUGAAGCAGUCAUCUAUAGUUCCUCCUACACUCCCUGUUACAAUAUGGGAGCAAUUGGAGGUGCUUCAGAGAUUACUCGGCCACCCCAUGGUUCCUCUCAUUUCCUUCCUGUUGCUUCAUUGGGUUAGGCCACAUGCAGUACGAAGCUAGCUAUUGGAUUGCACUGGCUGGCCAAAAGGUGAAUCUCUGAGAAGUUAAAUAAUAACAGUGACUCGCUUUCUGUUUUCAUUGGGCACAGCACUGUUGGAAGUCAGUGUCUGCUCAGCAUGCUUUAUGCCUAAUUGCCCCAGUGCUCAGUUUUAGUUGUUUCACUAACUCAGUUGUCAAGCACUUGCCUGUCCUUUGGCUUUCAAGUGUGAGCACAUCUUCCAUUCUGCACCUGUUAAAAUGUUAAGGGAAUGAAGAAUUGGCUUGCAAGAGGGAAAAUGGAAGUUAGAGAGUGAGGCCCUGUCGUUAUUCUAAAUUUAUUUUACUAAUUUUGGCACCAUAAACAGGAACCAGACCCAAGUGAGCCAGAGUACAAGAGAAGCAAAGGGCUUGCAGACCACACUGGAGGAUCUUCUGAAGAGGAUAGGACAGAAGAUCAGGAUGAGACGGAGGAUGAGGUAGUUUUCUGCUUGUGAUCUUAGGGAUACAACAUUCAUGAGUCUUCUUCAACAUAUGUAAAAUCUGUUAAAAUGUCCCCAUCUGAAAUGCAUACAAAGGGUGAAUGUGCUCUUAGUUAUCACUGGGUACGUUUUCUGUGUUAUUUGUGCACAUGGGUCCGUAUAAAAGAAAACUAAAAACUCCGAAGGGCAGAAUACACAAUUGUGAUGGACAGUCAGGUUGGAUUCAAACCAUAUUCAUUUGGUGCCCUAAGGAUUUCUUACAAUGUGGGUGAGGGUGUUCAGUCUCUUCUCUCCUGCUCUUCCCCAAACAAGACCACCUGCUCCCCCUCCUUUUUUAGCAGUAAUCUUCGUUCCAUAGAAAUGCUUUCCUUUAAUGCAUUGGCAAGUUGAUGCAGGAUCUGUGUCAGAACGUUGGUUCCUCCUUGCAUUAAAAAGUCAUUCUGUGCAUCCUCAGAUUCAUUGCCGAAGCUGAUCUGCUUUAAAGAGCCUUGACUGUUCCUGGACCCACAAUUCUGAGACAGCUGCUCUGUAACUGGCCACUGACCCUUGGCUGCUUUUGCUGUAGUUGGAGGCAAGCAAACUAUACUGUGGAAGGAGAGUCUGGGAAUCCAUUCUUAUGGUGUACUUACCUUGGCCUGCAGUGCUAGGUUGAAGAUCUCUUGAUACCCUUAUGUAUCUGGAAGAAUGUUUGACUUCCAGACCAUCAGUGCUUUUAGGAGUCCUCUUGAAAGAAGCCAUUUAUGGUGUAUUAGUACCAAUUAUUUGCAAUACUGUCCUGAAUUACUAUUCUCUUCUGAUGGUACGCUUUUGGUGACGUAUUUUUUGAAAAAAAUUGCACUAUGGUUGUUUUCAAUUCUUUUUGUUUGUUUUUAGCACAUCCUGAGAUGCGUGAAAGCUGGUUCUGUCAUGCGGGAAGGAAGGGACCGAGUUGUUAAUCUUGCUACCGACCGCACAGGGCGGAUUCUCGCUUGCCAUGUAUGUUACUAGCUUUUGGAACUAACGGGGGGUGGGUGUUCCUACCUUUCUUUGAGCACUUUUCUAUAGAGAUUUCUGGUUUCGAGACCCCUGCAACUGACUUUGUUAUCAUUUUCCAAGGGAACGGACUCUGUCCUGGAAGUGUUUUAUGUCCUUAGUGAACAAGAGGUUCGCAAGAAAAUUGAGAGGAAGAUGAAGAAAGCAAGGAAAAAAGCCAAGUAAAUUCAUAUUGCCAAUACAUUUUAUUUUUCUAUGCUGAGAACCAAUAAAGAGCUUGAUUCAUGUCAGGAUGGAAGUGUCCUAUCCUAUGCAAAGGGUUUUGAAUGUAGCUUCAUAAUCUGUGAUAAAUCCAACACUUGCAAUUAGAAUAAUAGUGUGUAUAACAUACAAAUUUACAGUUUAUUUAUUUUGCAUGUUGCUGAGAGGCUUGGUAAAAUAAAGUUCUAAUCUACUGUCUUUUAAAAUGCAUUCUUUAAUCCUUCCCCUUAAGACUUGUGUGUGGAAGGCCUUGUCAGUUUUGAUGGUGCAACACAGCUGCAUAAUACUCUAUCUGGCCCAGCUGUGUUACAAGACCUUUAAUCUACUUAGCCACCUUGAGAUGGAGCUUUGGGGAUUUCAUGGGAAAUCUCAGCAAUGCAGCUCUCUUCUGCCCUCUUAGCGCAGCACAAAACAAAGCAGAUAACUGUUUAGUAGUACAGGAUUUGGCAGAGGUGGGAAGUCUCCAAUUUGCUGAAAUAUAUUGGAUAGCGGGAGAGAUUGAGAAGAGCAAGUAAAUUCCACCUAAGCAGUUUCAGGAGAACAAAGGGAAGGGGCACUUUGGAGUUAGUUGACACCCGUUAGAGGCUGAGUUUGGCUCAAGAGCUGCCAGUUGUCACUAGCAUAACAUUAUCCUGUUUAUGUGCAUUUUUGCUCUUAUUUUCUGACUCUAGCUGAGGUUGAGUUUAACAUUUGUCUCAUUUUUCUGGUUUUUCCUAGGAAGAGGUCAGGUGUGGAGGAGGAAGAAUGUGAUAUCAUUGUGGAGUGCAGCCUACAAGACAAGAUUCAGCGUCUCACUAACAUCAAAGCUUCUUCUAAAAUCAAGUGAGUUCAAGGCAUUAAGGGUGUUGCUCAUAAUUUUGAUGCUCUUAAAGAGAGCUAGUGUGGCGUAAUGGUUAGAACUAUGACCUGGGAGACCAGGGUUCAAAUCCCCACCACACAAAUCCCAGAGCAAUUAACAGUAAAAGCGACGAGAGAGGGAAAGGAGAGAGCUUAGAGAAGCCAAGGGUUAUAAAGGAUAAAUGUGAGCAAGUAUAGUUACAUGUACGUGAGCUUUUUUUUAAGCUUGUGUGUUUCUUCCGGUGUAGAUUUUGAGGGAUUGGGAAACAGGUGGCAUGAUGCAAAUGUCUGGGAGAAUUCUAGGUAGUGUAGCAGGAACCCCCCACCCCAAUCAUUCAGUUUGUACAAACUUCACACACUCACACUCACACACUACAUAUGCCACACUUCUGUUAUAAAUUCAUAGAAAAAUCAACCAUACAUCGGAUUUGCACUGUUCCAUUUUUAUUUUACUCCAUAUGACAAGGACUAUCAAAGGGGGGUGGCUUGGUUCUGGUCAGCCAUAAUCCCUUCACCAUCCCAGCACAUCCACAGGAGCCCUGCCCAGUUGCUAUGCCAACCCUGAUGGUCCUAGACAGAAGACCAUCAAGAUCACAAAGAACUUGCAUAUGGGAGUGGAUUCAGCAUGGACUGAAACAAAGGACAAUGAUCAGAUCUUCCCUCUGGGGGCAGGAAACUGCCAACUCCCCUUUGUCUCCUGGAAGUGACUCAUGGGCAGGGGGAAAGGAGGAACCAGCCAGGUGACAGGACACUCAGGUUACCACCACAACUCCUCCCUCAACCCCUCCUUUCUGUAAUGUAUGCAUGAUGUCAACCCCUCCUUUCUGUAAUGUAUGCAUGAUGUUUCUGGGGGUGGGCUUGACCUAGAGGAUGGGAAUUUCAAAAGUUUUUAUAAGGUCUUGCACACCAUCUUUCUGGGUCUUUCCUCUCUCCUGCAAGUGAGGGGAACACCCUGUUGCAACAGUUCAAUAAAGGCCAAGCCUACAGGCUGCUGUUUUGCUCCAAGUUAUCCUGGUUGGUGUCUUUGUUUUUGUCCAAGGGAGCCCUCGGAUUUUUCCGGUAACAGUAGUAAGGCACAAAAGGUGGAGGAGCUAUUUAAACAAAUAAGAGAAUUUUGGCCGCUGAGAGUGAUAGAGUGGAUGAGGAGAGUUGUGCACCUUGUCAGGUUUCACAUGUGGAAAAUGGGCUGGGACAGACCUGGCAGUGGAGGGUUGGAGGUCAAGACAAGGAAUUUGCACAGUGUAGAAGGGACCAAGAAAAGGGAAUUGAUGAGAGGGAGGGGUGCCACUUGACCAGAACUACAAGAGAAAGGGACGUUCUGAACUUGUGUUUUUAAAGCUAUACCAUUGUGCUUAGCCCCCUCAACUCUUUUAUCUGCUACCUGAUGUUUUCUAACAAUGAUGAUUAUUUUAUUAAACAGGUCUUUUGACUUGAUACUCAGCCCAAAAGGGGAGCUGAAAGCCACUGUAAUGCUCCAGAACAACAUAAUCGAAUCUUACAGCCUGAACCCAAGAGCGCAGAUACCCCAAGUUAUACAAGUGUCCAAAAUAACUAUUGGUGGUCACCGCAGUGAUGUCAGAACCCUGGCAUUUAGCUCGGACAACAUUGCCAUUCUCUCUGCUGCUGCUGAAUCAGUUAAGAUAUGGAACAGGUAUGAAAUGUCUCUGACCAUUGGAGGAGAAACUAGUUGCAGUAAAAUGUUUACAGGAAGCAUUAAACAUCUUAACUUUAGAUAUACUGUAUAUUUAGAUGGUUACACAUUGAGUUUAGGAAGAAGCCUUUCUUUUUUGCCAUUGAUCUUUUGGUAUCUUCUUGUAGCCACAGAUGAAGCUAAAAACUUGGGGUUGUGCCAGUCACUAAACUAAUUUGGCACAAGGCUUCCUUGUGGUUAAGCUUUUUGAAACGGAGGGCCAUAGUCCCUUGAAAGAAAGUGAUGGAGGCCUGCAUAUUUGGUUCUGCUCUCUUGGCAUUCCUUUUCCAUUCAUUCUCUCUCACCCACACCACCCAUUCAUUCAUAGUAUCUCCCUUCCCCCCUGCAACAUCACCCAUUCGUUCACACGUAUGUCAGGAAUGUCAUGUGUUCCCGAUUUUACUGAGUCUUCCCCUGAUUCUGCCUUCUCUCUAUGUGUAUCUUUCAUGUGCCAUUUCCAAUCCCAGGUCUACCUUACAAUGUAUCCGGACCAUGGCAUGUGAAUAUGCGCUUUGUUCACUCUUCGUUCCCGGAGAUCGGCAGGUCAUUAUAGGAACCAAGGUAAAUUUCUGUACCUUCUGAACCUGAACAAUCCCCCGCAUGUUUCAAGUAUCAUCUUUAGAGGAAGUUCAGUAUGUGUAACUUAGAACCAUGUGGAAUGUUAUUCCUGGAGGCAUAGCUCCUCAACAAAUGGAGUCCUAAAGGGAGAUGCAAUUUAGUUUGUCCUAGGUAUACAAUCUGAGAGAAAAAUCCUUAUUGUACACCUAAUACCUGAUUUUCAGUAUAUUGCUUUGGCUAGAUAAGCCUCGGAGCAGUAGAGAAGUAUACUUCUAUGUGUUUUCCAAAUUACUCUGAAGACAUGGGAGAAAAGAGGCUCAGGUGAUGAAAUUUAUGGAUUUGUUUGAAGGCCUGUGGUUGGGAAUGUUUUCUCUUACAUGGCUAACUUUGACCACAGCUAUUAUAACACCAUAUUUUUCAAACAUGGAGUUAUACUUCAGGUGACUUGGAAGAAAAUUGCAGAGUUAUAAGGAAUAUUAUAAGGUAUAUUACCAUACCUACUCAUGAGUCAGACUGUGGAUGUGUUAAACUGCUCCUGGUUGUCUUUGUCUUUAAUGAGUUUUGAAUUCUUCAUCUAUACCUUUAACCAUAUGAGUGUGCUAAGAGCAUGGCUGUGAGUGAAAAAUGAAACACAAGAGAUUUCCCUGAUAUUGCUGUCUCUCUCCUGCACCUGGGACUUGACAAGGAACUGUCUUUUGUUUUGGCCAGAGUGUAAUGCAGGGGUCAGCAAACCUUUUCAGCAGGGGGCCGGACUAUAUUUUGAAAAAAGAAAUGAACAAAUUCCUAUGCCCCACAAAUAACCCAGAGAAGCAUUUUAAAUAAAAGGACGCAUUCUACUCAUGCAAAAACACGCUGAUUCCUGGACCGUCCGCGGGCCGGAUUUAGAAGGCGAUUGGGCCGGAUCCGGCCCCUGUGCCUUAGUUUGCCUACCCAUGGUGUAACGUCUCUAUUUCUUCACCGGCAUCUCCCUUGGGUGUAAUUAUUGAAAAAUCAAUAGCAGUGAAAAUCAUUGUUGCUAAGAGAGAGUUACAAAUCAGCAAGUGCCCCGUUUGAAUCUUGCCUCAACCAUAAACUCAUUAGGCACACCUUUUUUUCUCAGCCUCAGCCCCCUUCAACCCCAAAUCUGCUUUAUGGGAUAAGAAUGCCCACCUACUUUACAGGAUUGCAAAUUAAGCUGCUAAGCUGCUGUUGGGUCAUUGCUCAAAAUGGGAUGCUAUUCUAGACAGAUGUAAUUGAAUCUGCCUGACCAUCCCACUUUCCUUCUUUCUCACACUUGGAGGCUAUAAUGAGUUACAUUCUGUAGAAUUUGGAAUCAUCUCUGUAACUAAUCAUCUGGCUUUAUUAUUGCUUUAGACAGGGAAGCUGCAGCUAUUUGAUCUGGCUUCCGGGAUUUUAUUGGAGACCAUUGAUGCUCAUGAUGGGGGUUUGUGGUCCAUAUGUCCUUCUUCAGACCAGGUAAUUAAAGCACGCUUUCUAAUUUCUCACCAUAUGAACAGACUCAGGCCAUGCGAUUGUCAUCUGAGGCCCCUCUUCAUUUGCCCCCUGCUUUGGCGGUCCAGAGGGUAGCAACAAAAUAAUGGACAUUUUCAGUGGUCGCUCCCUGCUUGUGGAUUGCUCUCCUCAGGGAGGCUUGCCUGGCAUCAUCAAUACAUAGCUCUUGGUGCCAGGCGGAAACAUUUCUUUUCUGCCAGGACUUUGACUCUUAAUUAUCUGUGGUCUUGAGUGGGUGGGAUGUUUUAAUCCUUUUAAAAACAGGAUUGUCUUUUAAAAUUUUCUUCAUUUUGCUUUUAUGCCAGCUUUAAUGUAUGUGUUUGUUUCACUUUAAGUUACCAUGGUAAAAAAGUGACCAAUAAAUUUAAAUAAUAAUAAUUCAUAUGAAUUAUUUUAGUGGUACCACAUUUAAGGAUGCAUUAUUGUCUGUUGUUGUUGUUGUUGUUGUUGUUGUUGUUGUUGUUGUUGUUGUUAUUAUUAUUAUUAUAUUUAUAUACUACCAUUUAUCAAAAGAUCUCAACAAUUAGUGCUAUCAUGUAUUGUGAUUAUGUUUUUAAUAUGCUUUUGUAUUUUUAUAGUUUUGAUUGUAAAUCACUUUGAUACUUUUUGUAGUGGGAAGUGAUCCACACAUUUGAUGAAAUAAAUCUGAAUUUUCCUUUUCCUAUCAGCGUGGCUUUGUUACAGGAGGUGCGGAUAAAUGUGUCAAGUUCUGGGAGUUUGAACUGGUGAAGGAUAAGGACAGUGUCCAAAAGAGGUGAGGGUGUUUUUUCAGGAAGCAAAGCACAUCUGAACUCCACAUUUUGUCCUCACUCUCUUGGGAGUGUACAGUUCCCUCAAAAAUACAGCACAACAUUGUCUUCCCAUCAGCUGACAUCUGCUUCCCAACCUAAGUUUCUCUUCCCUGGGAGAAUGUGGGGAAAAGGGUGGGUGUAUGGCGAACAUCUGAAUAGGCACUAAACACCGAUGUUUGGGGUCUCCUUGCCUAAGAACUUGCAAUGCAGAUCUAACAAAGCUUUCUGAAUUUGCUGUGCAAUACCAGUUCCAUCAGUUUUCUGCUUAUACGAUCCUAGGCUUUCUGUGAAGCAGACUCGCAUCUUGCAACUGGAUGAAGAUGUUCUCUGUGUACGGUACAGCCCCAACCAAAAGCUUUUGGCUGUAGCCUUACUGGACUGCACUGUGAAAAUAUUCUACACUGAUACCCUCAAGGUAAGCAUCUUUGGAAAUUGAGGUCCAAAACUCUGGGAAGCAGUUGCCGCUUGCUGUGAUGGCCUUUUGGUUCCCUCAUCUUACGUGUUUUCACUGAGAGAUCUUGGCAAGUCCAUUAUUUUUCAGUAUUCUGCAAAUAGGGAUGCAGAACUCCCCAUGUGAGUCUGUAAUAAGGAGGAGGGUCCAAAGUAGUGGAAUGUACGCUUUGAAUGUACAAGGCCCCAUGGUCUAAUGCUGCCAACUUCAUUUAAAUGGAUGUGAUGUGAUCAACAUUGAGACUUUGGCAAGUUGCCACUCAAAAGCAGAAAAUACUGGGAUAGAUGAACAAAGCUUUCAGCUUUUGGAUGUGAGAGGAUGGUGGAAAGGGCAAGGUUCUUCCACACAUCUGCACACUUUUCAUACAUUGCUUUGAAAUCUGCACACUUUUCAAACAUUUCUUUGAAAUGUUUUUAUUGUUUUUAUUGUUUGUUGUUUACAAUCAAGUGGUGUAUAUAAAAUUUAUGUCAUUAAAUAAAGAAACCUGUAACUAGCUGAUAUACAUGUCGUCUUCUUGCUUUCCAGUUCUUUUUGUCUCUCUAUGGACACAAGUUGCCCGUGCUGUGCAUGGAUAUCUCCUAUGUGAGUAUGCCAUUUGUUGGAGAUUUUGGCAUUGUUCAGUGAUGGAACUUCAUAUCACAGUUCUUCUGCACUACACCAGUGUGGUGUAGUGGUUAAGAGCGGUAGUCUCGUAAUCUGGGGAACCGGGUUCGCAUCUCCGCUCCUCCACAUGCAGCUGCUGGGUGACCUUGGGCCAGUCGCACUUCUUUGAAGUCUCUCAGCCCCACUCACCUCACAGAGUGUUUGUUGUGGGGGAGGAAGGGAAAGGAGAUUGUUAGCCGCUUUGAGACUCCUUCGGGGAGUGAUAAAGCGGGAUAUCAAAUCCAAACUCUUCUUCUUCUUCUCCAUGACAAAUGCACAUUUCCCCCCCAGUUGUAAAUCUUCUCUGUGCUGCUUCAUGCUAGUCUCAUAAUUCAAUACAAACUAUAGAAAGGCAUGAGCUGAAUGAAGGCAAGAAGUUGUAGCCUCGUUAGGUUGAGGAGCUCUUGCUCCCCCAGUGGUUAGCUUGAAGGCAGCCCAAAGCUGUGUCCAUACCUACUUUGGUGUGUAGACAUGUAGAAUCUGGGCAAUGUAACUGUAGUUUUCAAAUUCUGUUUUCAGUGAGAAAGUUGAGUAAUGGGGAGAGGCUGAUUCAUUUUCUCUGGCAGCGUGCAGCAACAUGAGAUUGUCGUUCUUUUAACUUUUGGAAGUUAUGUGCACUGAUUGGAAUAUCGAAGUGCUUGUCUAUUGGAACAUUCCAUGGGGCAUAAAUGGCUGCUGUAAUUAAAAUCAGAGGAUAACACAGAGCUUCUUGGAGCCUGAGUGCUGCUUGCCUAACUGCUGGUAGGGAUACCCGUAUUAGGUGCACUGAAAUAAGACACCUAGAGUUGGCUGCCUGAUGAUGAGAGCUAAGAAAUUAAUUUGCUUCACUUUCCUUGAAGCAUAACGCAAGACCUUGUUCUGAUUCAAAAAAGUGCGUCUUACUUGACAGGACGAUAAAUGGAAGCUGGGGGUAAUCAUGCUCUCACAUCCACAACUGAGUUCCCUUUUCUUUCAUUUUUUUGUUAUAGGAUGGGGCAUUAAUUGCAACUGGCUCUGCUGACAGGAACGUGAAGAUCUGGGGCUUGGACUUUGGAGAUUGCCACAAGUCUCUCUUUGCCCAUGACGACAGGUGGGCAGAUAUCAAAGGCCACCUAGAUGCCCCUGGUGUAGCAUUUCUCCCCGCCCCCAAAACUAGGUUUUUCUGGUGCUUAAGUUCACAAUUGUCAUAGCCUCUGUGGAGUCCAACAUAUGGGGCUGCAUUCUGCAAGCUCUAGGCUAGAAUGCCGGUUAAGUUGGCCUUGCUGAAUUUUCUAGUCUGGAGCCUGCAGAAUGCUUCUUUCUAUCCCCUUAACUUUGGCAUCAGACACCUCAGUGGAAGGGCAGGUCACAGGGUCUCCCCUGCACAGUUCUGUCACCAUUCAUUGGUUUCCCAGUUUAGGAAUAUUAAACAUGUUUCUAUGAGUUGAUCAUGCUGUACGGUGUGGGUUUUCUUAUUGUGGAUUUGCACUUGUGGUACUUAAGGGACCAGGGUUGCAGGGCAGGCGUUCACUGCUUGUGUCUAUGUGUUUUGGGAUCUGAGUUUUUGUAGGAAAGAGAAGCCACAGUGUUUUAGCCCUGAGCUUUUGCUUCCCUUCAAGACAUCACACAACUUGCUAGCCCUUUCUGUUCACAAAACCCAUGAAAACAGUUCAAGGAAAAUACUGGUGAUAGCUAGUUAAGUCAUGCUUGGAACAGAACCACUGAUUUCAGUAAGUCUACUCUCAGUAAGUCUACUAACAUUGAAUAUCAUCUCACUGGAGAAAUCCCUGGUGCUCCUAUCAUUUUAAGUUGAAUGCGACAUAAUGUUGCAUCAGUGGUGCUGAUGGGGCUUCUGAUGACAGCAGCAGAUACUUCUUGGCUCUCCUUGAGUGCUGUUGCAUGGCUGCUAGUGUUUCUUUUAAAAGCACCUGGGCUUCUGGAAUGGAAGCCACAGACUCCAGAGGGAAGGAAUAAGGACAGGAGAAUGGAAGGAAGAGGCAACUGAAGUCAUAGCUGCAUGUAUCUUUCCCCCUUUCUAAAUAACCUCUGAGAAAUGUAGAAAUGUUACUAUGAAUGUUGUGUUGGAAAUGGUAGUGAACUGAUACUCCAUAUCUUUCUCUUAUUCUCUUUAGUGUGAUGUUUCUUCAGUUUGUACCCAAGUCCCACCUCUUCUUUACAGCAGGGAAGGAUCGCAAGAUUAAGCAGUGGGAUGCUGAUAAGUUUGAGCAUAUCCAAACCCUGGAGGUAAAAUAGGAGAUGUGUGUAUUUGCCAAUCUGGAAGCAGUGGUCGCUUCUGUUGAUUGCUCCUCACUAUCUGCAUCUCUGAUUUGUAGGGGCAUCACCAGGAAGUGUGGUGUUUGGCACUCAGUCCCAACGGAGACUUUCUCGUCUCCUCUUCUCAUGACAAAUCGUUGCGUCUCUGGGAAAGGACAAGGGAGCCCAUUGUUCUGGAGGAGGAGAGAGAGAUGGUAAGAAAUGUCAUCCUGUGUAAGAGGGUACCUUUGGUAUCCACUCUUAAUCUUAAAAGGGAUCCAGAUUCCAGUUCUUGUGCAGCUUUUCCUUUUAAAAAUAACUAAAUAAAUUUGUGUGUCCAUAUUUUGUGGCAUUCUUUCCAAGGUUUUUUUUUUUUAGUUACUUUUGACGUAAAAGGACCAUGGGAAGGAGAUAUGUACUGGAAAAUGUGCUGCUUCAGGUAUUCUGAAUUUGAAGCAGGUGUGUUUUAGUGCUUGCUAAUGCUGACAAACCGAAUUAUUUUCCUCUGCAGCAAAGAGAAAUGGAGUAUGAAGACAGUGUAGCAAAGGAGGACCAGCCCGUGGUAAGUAAUACAUGUUUGCACAUUCAAAUGUUCUUGCUCCCAAGUCAAGCAGUGGAGUUUCCUGGGAGUCUCAAGAUGCGAUUCUCCAGCUACAAUGGAAAGCACACAUUUCAGUGCAUUGGGGGAUGUAAAAUAUGUCAGCUCACAUUUCUUGACUGUGUUUGUGCGUGACAUUUCAAAUGCAUGUUUUGGGUUACCGAUUAGAUUGAGCUUGGAGAUAACGUGAACACUUGCUCUGGUAAUUAAAGUAACAUUCAGUUCUAGUUUGUGCCAGAAUUUUCACUUAAUCUGCUUUCCAGAAAACCAUCAUAUGCAUUUUGGCUUACCACUUACAAAGCGCCAGAAAUGUUCUGCACACAUAUUAGACAGCCCUUGCUUGCAGGCUCACAAUUGUAGUACAGAAGGAACGCAAGCAUUGGAGUAGCUGCUUCUUCAUUGAAUGAUGGAUGGGACCAAGUUGAUGUUUUUCCAGGGAGGCAGGUAGUGCAACCUUCCAGUGGCCCCUACUAGAUGGUAGAGGCCAGAAUGUGCCUCCCCUAGUUUUGCAGUCCCAGGGGAGGGGAAAAGCAAGCUUCCUGCACACCUUUUUCUGGACCAUGUCAUGUUGCUCUCCUCCUGCUUGAGUGAGGCAGGGGAGCAGUUUCCCACCGGAAACAAUACCAUGAUUAUUUCAGAUCCCAAGAAGCAGGUGUGCUGGAAAGCUAACUGCUUGAAGAUUUUCUGAGGAGUGUAUUCAACUAACUUUUACUCAGGUCCAAAAACUUCAGUGGGUCUACUCUGAAUAAUAGUUAACUAAAACGCUGUAUUUGAUUCUAAGUGAGAUCUUAACAUUUCUAAACAAAUUAAAUAGAUAUUAGUUGGUAAUCCACCAGUUCAGUUGAUGAAAUAUGCAAGGAAAUGAAUUUAACAGAAUUCAGCAUUGCCCAGACAGGGUCAGCUAUGCUUCAGUGCAGCAACAUUCUGGUGUUUCUGUAGUGGAAGAACAUAAACAAAAGAGCAAAAUGUAAACUGCUUAGGUGGUCUUUGUCAACUAAGCAGUAUACAAAUCUUGUAAAAUAAAACGAGAGAAUUGCCCUUAGUAGUAACCCUCAGCACCCACUUCAGUCUGGAAGCAACAGCAGCUCAUAAUUUUACCACAGCAGACCUGUUGCUGUUUUAUAUGCCUCGUGUCACUUGGUUCAUAAUUUCUUCCCUUCUAAUGAAACAGGGAGACAUAUUGGCACUGUGUUGCUGUUGGCAUCUGUCUGUCUUGAGAGACACUUUGGGGGGUGAAGUCAAACCACUGAAGAAUCACAGCAUCUGCUGUGGUUGCUACAACCAGUAACUUGUAAAUGCUGCCUCCCGUGUUGCUUUUGCUGCAUUAGCAGCACUGAAGUGCCCUCCCCGGGGCACAAGCCUGGGCAGUGGGUAGGGAGGUCCUGGGCUGCCCAGUGACCCCUCUCGGCCUCACUGAUGUGGUCCAAAGGAAAGCAAAGCAAUACGUUUUGCACCAGCUUGGCUUUGCACUGAAAACUGCGACAGGUUAACCGUUCCUGUUCUGUUACCAUUCAAAUUCAAACACAGACCAAUGCAACUGUUCUGAGGCAAACUGGAGAUAAAACUGCUUUGUCCAUCAUGAUGUUGCAGAGGCUGUGACACCAUUUUGUUUUGUUUCUUUUCAGGUUCCUGGGGAGACUCAGGGAGAGGCUGGGUUAGCAGGAAAGAAGACCAUUGAAACUGUCAAGGCAGUAAGUUUGACACUCCAAGUUCCUUAAUGCGGGGCACUCAUUAGGGAAAAAAGAUGCCUUUCUGACUCUCUAGCUUGGAGUGUUCUGUUUAAAGCUCGGGUUCCAUGUUAGUGCUAGGGAGUCUCUCUUAAGGAAUCACAGCUUUUAAACUGAAUUAGCCUUCAGCGACCUCUUCAGUGAGAGAUGGAAAUUGCCCAUAACAUGCAAGUCACGUCUUCUGUGACAGAGAUGUGUUGCUGACCUCUGCAGAACUCCUCUUGAUGAUCACCACACUUAUUUUUCUAGCAGUUCUACAGCUGUGGGAGAAAAGGCAGCACUUUCUCAGCUGCAUUUUGCAUGUCCUUUUGUUUCAAUGGCACUUAAAGCCAUGAGAGGUGGAGUGGGCACAGGGGAGGUUACAACAGUCUGCCAACCCCCAACAGCCACCUUGAGGAUCAAAAGAAGAAGAAAUUUCAUUAUUUAUAUGCCGCCCAUCUGACUGGGUUGCCCCAGCUAUUCUGAGCGGCUCCCAAAUAUUAAAAACACAAUAAAAUAUCAAACAUUAAAAGCUUUGCUAUACAGGGCUGCCUUCAGAUGUCUUCUAAAAGUCAAAGAGUUGAUUUCCUUGACAUCUGGUGGGAGGGCAUUCCAUAGGACGGGCACUACUAACAAGAAGGCCCUCUGCCUGGUUCCCUGUAACCUCCACUUGUUGCAGUGAGGGAACUGCCAGAAGACCCUUGGAGUGGGAUCUCAGUGUCUGGGCUCAACGAUGGGGGUGGAGAUGCUCCUUCAUGUAGGCAGCUAUUUAGGGCUUUAAAGGUCAGCACCAACACUUUGAAUUGUUCUCGGAAACAUACUGGGAGAUCCUUUAUGUAGAUCCUUUAUGGCCAGUGCUACACGGUCCCUGCAGCUGCAUUCUGAAUUAGCUGUAGUUUCUGAGUCACCUUCAAAGGUGAGUGCAUUGCCAUAGUUCAACCACUCUGGCGAGACAGUGCACAGGCCUCAGCUGUCUCACCAGGUGAAAAUGUGUUUGAUUAUUCCACCCUCUUGUGCAUAAUCAAAUGGAUGUUCAACUUUCUACUCCGCAUUAUCACAGCACCUUCAUUUUGUCGCGCUGCUAAUGUGCCAUUUUUGUGUUUGUAGGCUGAACGGAUCAUGGAAGCCAUUGAGCUGUACAGAGAAGAGACAGCCAAGCUGGAGCAGCAUAAAGUGAUCUGCAGAGCGGCAGGAAAAGAGGUAGGAAGGAGUUGUGGUCUGUGUUCUGUUCAGCACAGUGUGGUGCCAGUUUCUUUCUCGGAACACUUUUAAAAAAAUCAAAGGGAAGCAGAUCAAAAAGGGUAGCACAGUUGUUUGGUGAUCUCACGAUGUGUGGUGUGCAAUUCAUUUAUUCAUUUUAUAUGUAUGCUGCUUUUCCACCAAAAAAUAAAUUAAAAUGCUCAAAGUGGCUUACAACAAAGGAAACAGAAAUACUUUUUAAACAAACACUACAAAAGGAGCUUUAUAAUAACAUAGCAAAACAAUAACAUAGUACCAAUUUCAUAAUAACAAAGCAAAACAAGGGCAAACGUAAUAACAUAGCAAAACCCCCGCAUUUCAGUAAAAUAAAUAUAACAGUAUUACUUAAACUUUUCUGCAGAGAUACGUGUGCCUGAUUUGCAACCUGCUUUCUUUCUGCAGGUUCCUCUUCCAGUAAACCCUAUUCUCCAGGCAUAUGGCAAUAUUUCGGUAAGUGAAGUAUGGGGCUGCUUUCUGGAAUUUUGAGACAUGUGGAAUGUUAAGCUGCCUUUUCCUGGCAUUCUUGUGUUCCAGAUGGUGUGCAAUGCUAUUGAGGGGAGGUGGGGAGUUGUCAUGGGUUGGGGUAUGUGUGUUUUGAUUAGUUUGACUUAGUCUAUUAUUCUGCUGCUGCCUGUUUCGAUAAAAAAUAAUUGAGACAUUGAGACUGGUUUGCAGGCCGGACCUUUCAACACUCUGAGUGGGAUGUGGGGUGGGAGUUCUUUGUAGAGCCAGAGAAAUUGUUGCGAGAUACAGAUUUUUCCAUAAGAAAUUUCAGCUAGCAAUGAAAUCCACUCUUGCCCUUUUCUUGCAGCCUUCUGCUUACGUACUGGAUGUCCUCAAGAAGGUUAAGUCAAGGUGAGUACCAGGAAGCUGCUUCAAAGUAUUAUGAAUGGCUCAUAGGUUUGACUGAAGGAGGAGCUGAGGUUGGAAUAAGAUGGUUACACCAAAGUUUGUGGGCUUAGGAUGUAUGCACAUUCAUGAAACAUGAAAGUAGUUAUUUCCUUGGAGGUUUUUAAGCAGAGGUUGGAUGGCCACCUGUCAUGUAUGAUCUAGUUGAGAUUCCUGCAUUGCAGGGAGUUGGAUCAGAUGACCCACAAGGUUCCUUACAGUUUUACGGUUCUGUGAUUUUGUGUGUUGACACAGCUUGCUGUGAGAAGGUAUUUGAAGUUGAGUAUUUGAAUCUGGAAUAUAAUAUCUGCAGGUUCUGGAGAUGUACAGUACACAGAGUCCUUGACUAUUGGGGUCGUAAGUUCUUUAGUGCUCAUAGUGCAUGGUAGGUAAAGGUAAAGGGACCUCUGACCAUUAGGUCCAGUCGUGGCCGACUCUGGGGUUGCGGCGCUCAUCUCGCUUUACACGGAAACACCGUUUACCUUCCCGCUGGAGCGGUACUUAUUUAUCUACUUGCACUUUGACGUGCUUUCGAACUGCUAGGUGGGCAGGAGCAGGGACCGAGCAACGGGAGCUCAUCCGGUCACGGGGAUUCGAACUGCUGACCUUCUGAUCGGCAAGUCCUAGGAUUUGUGGUUUAACCCACAGCGCCACACGUAGUGAGGACCAAAGUCAGUACUCUGCCACCAGAGUGCUUUGGACUGGAGAUGGCAGGCAUAUGUGCAGGCUUUAGGAACAUAGGAAGCUGCCUAGCACUUAGUCCAACCAUUGACUCACUUAGCUCAGUACUGGCUGCCCUGACUGGCAACAGCAGUUCUUCAGGAUCCAGGCAGGAAUCCUAGAGUUGCCAGGGACUGAACCUGUGUGUGAAGCAAAGGAUCUACCACUGAGCUCUGGUCCUUUCCCACUGGGAAACAUGCAUUGUGAGGUUGGCACUUGUGAGUCUAUUUAACAUUGCUUACAACUUCUUUGCAAUACGGUUAGCAAACUUUCUGCAGCAAUUCUUGUUACGGAAUGGCAGGAAGUUUGUGUCCUGGCGGAGCUGUGGCUAGAAAUUGCAAGAGUUGACAUUUAAGCCUCAUUCCAUCCAGAUGAUCCCUGCUUUGCUGAUCGGUCACGUGAAGUUUCUUCCUGGGAAAGCAGGCAGUAACAGUGCCAAGUGACUGUUGAAAAAGCCUUGCUUUGCUUUGGCAGAAUCUGUUGCCCUGCCACCUUUGCACUAGAGAAGGGUGGUCCAACGUGCGGUCCUUUUUUGGCAGCCCUCGAAAACAUUUGACAACCCCCCAACCCUCACACUACCUCCCCAAAGCCAGGCAAGUGAGGAGCUGGACUUUGGGAAGGAGGCAUGAGGACUCUGGCAGCAUCCUGAAGUUCUCCCAACUCCUUCCCAAAGCCUCGUUGGCACUUUUCCAGCUUUGGGAAGGAGGUGGGAGGACUCUAGGACACUGCCAGAGCCUCAUGCCUCCUUCCCAAAGCCCAGCGCUUCCCCCUUCUGCAUGACAAGGCAGUGUGCAGCCCAUGGGUUCAGUGUCAAAGUACUCUUGUGGCUCACUUGGUAUGAAAAGUUGGGUCUCCCUGUGUUAGAGGCAUCCCACUGAUAAGGGCUUGCUAUUAUAGCUUGAUGCUAGGCCUGGGCGAUGUAUUGAUACAUCAUUCAGGGUCGGUUUGAGGGUCAGAUUGCCAUAGUGUUUUGACCCAGCGGUAUAUCACGGGUGGGGCUUGCCGGCCAGCCGACACCUUACCUUCCUCCUCCGGUCGAGCAGGCGGACGGUCUCCUUCCUCCUUGUGCUGGGUGCCGGUGGCGGUGGGGGCGGUGGCAGUUUCACCCGAGUGCCUUGCAGGGCCUGGGCCGAUGCCCCUUCCUUUUCAGCCUCGUGAUGUAUCAUUGUAUGGCGAUGUUUAGCUGGUGAUACAUUGAAAUGUUGAAACCUGAAAUUGCCCAGCCCUACUUGACGCCUGGGGUGGGAGAAUGCCUUACUCUCCUCUCUUCGUCACAGUGAAUUGGAGGAAUCUCUGCUGGUGCUGCCCUUUUCAUAUGUGCCCGACCUCCUUGAGCUCUUCAAUCAACACCUCCAGUUGGGUUCAGAGGUGGAACUGCUAUGCCGAGCUCUCCUGUUCCUUCUCAGGUAAACCCCACGGCUGAAAAGAGUGCAGGGAAGCUUCCUGGCUUUGAAGCUGGUCAUGUCUAGCCCGGCACCUUGAAUGGUUCUGACCAAAAGGUGAAUGAGCUCUAUGGUACCAUAGAGACUUCCUUUUAUUCUUCAAGCACAGGCUUUCUCAAUGCUUCCAAGUGACAUUAACUUUAUUAAUAGGAAAGUGUUGACAAACCAUUGCCUCUUCAAUCCCUCAGGCAGAGCUGUCUUUUAAGAUGCUUUCUCUAUCGCUUAUUUCAAAUAGUAAUUUCCAGCUGGACAGCAAACUGAGUUGCCAAACAGCAGCACGUUCCUUAAUUCUAUUCAACCCUUGUAUAGGGAGAAGACAUCAUAGUCUCUGUUUAGGUCUGGUCUUGGCAAAACCAGACUUCAGUGUGAAUUGCUCUGCUACCUCUCUGUUUUCUUCCCCCUCCCCUGCAAAUUGAGGCAUAAUGAUAGCCUUAGGAGAAUGCCCAGAAAGCUUAAAGGGUCUUUCAUAAGCUCUGUAUUUCUCCAUCAGAUAUGUCACUUAAUCAUCAAACCUGGCAUCUACAACAUGGUGCCUCUGAGUGCAACAGCAUCUCUUAAUAGCUCUCCUGGCACCCGUAAGAAGCCUUUGCGCUCCUCUCCUGCCUACUUUGCCAGGAGUUUCUCCUCUCUUUGGAAGUGGGAAGGGAGCAGAUUCUGCCUGGAAAACUACAGAGUUGAGAAAGGAAAUGGAAGACAUGUUGCUCACUCCCACUUCCUCUUUCAAAUGUCUAGUUUUGUAGGUUGAGCCUGGCGCCGAGGUAGAAAGCAGAGUGACCAGGAGGGAAAGCAGAGAGAGAGAGAGAAAAGAGGAGCGGGGAGAGUGGUCUGACCAAAAAGAAAUGGAAAGAGUGUGUGUUCUUUCUCUCUGGGCGACUCUGGGCUUGUUUUUAACCCCUUUUCCUUUCUGGUUGUAUGUUCUUGCUUUGUUUCCUCCUCUCCUGUUGGGGAGGGUGGGUGUCUCUUUGCUUCUCCCCCCUCCCUAUUUCUCUCAGUGGUCUCCUUGUUGCUUCUCCUAAUCUCUUCUCUUUGGGGGAUCUGUUUUUUACCAUGACCAAAUACAAUGAGAUCCAACACUGCAACAAUGAACCCCCCCCCAAUUGACAUGACAAUUCAAUAGAAAAAGGACUGCCCUCCACUUUCUGUUUUACUUUACCAAUGUGAAAUACUUCAGAUUGAAGGGUGUCAUCUUGUCCAUCCUUUGUAAGAGUGCACGCUCUGGGCAUCUCUUAAUCAACCAGGAGGCCAGAAUAGAGUAGAUCUUAUAGAUUAGUCUGGAAACCACAACUUGGCAGUCUGACAGUGAAUUUUGGGUUCUCUCCCCACUCCAUCCCUAGGAUACACUUUGGACGGAUUACAACCAAUCAGCUUCUUGUUAAGGUGAUGGAGGACCUGAAGAAAACCACCAUCUCUAAAGUCAGCCAAGUGAGGGUAAGUAAGUGCGCAUCGAUGGGAAAUUUACACAAUCUAUGGGUAAGGUAUGUAAAGGGGGCAAAUUUUGGGUGCCCAUCUGCUUUGCCCAAGCCGCACUGCCUCUUGAUCCCUCUUCCGGUGUCAGUAAUGGCGUGGGACAGCAAGUAAGUUCUGGUUAUCACACGUACAGUGCCAUAAACCUCUAAUUAUGAAUCUUAGUAUUUGAGAUUUGCAUUUAUUAUAAUAAUAAUUGCAUCUUUGCAGAUUAAUCUUGUACCAUUUUCCUAUUUAGUUUCUUUGGUCUGUCCAGCUAUGCUAGCAAUGUGAUGAGCUUAAUCGUGGGGUCGGAGCAUAUGGUUGUGUUGGGGACAUUGCUGCAAAAGGCCUCCGUGGCAAGCGGUCUUUGCCUUGGCUGGAACGUUUGCAAGGAAUUUCCCCAGGACACCAUUAGCACAACUACUGCUUCCAUGGUUCGCUCAGAUGGAGAGAAGCAGGGAGGCUUGUGAUUGUGGUGGUGAGGACCACCCUGAUUGAAAGUAUUUGCUGUAGACUGGGUUUCCAUCACAAUCCACACCUUUCCCUCUGCCAGGAACACAGAAAAACUAUCAGUGUGAUUGGGAUGAAUAAUUUUAGCAAGCACUGGUUGUGAAGGCUGUUUCAGGAGUAUCUGCGUUGUGACAGUAACAUGUGCAUCUCUUGUAACAAAGCAGGGUUAAGCAUGUGAGCUGGGAAAUCCCACUUCAGCCUUGCUAGCCUAUUACUUUUUCCAGAUUUAGGGGCCCACCUGCAGUUAAAGGAGGAUAAAGUUGGAAUAUUUUCUUGGGUAGUUGUGAAGAUUACUGAGGAAAUGAACACUGUGCUAUGCUGAUGGUUCUAUCAGAGCAAGAUUUUCGACUUCCCAGACAGAAUGACCCCCUCUCCUUCCAUGCACUUUUCUGGAAGUGUUCUCACUCCGAGCCAAUUUUGUGGGGGGAGGUGGAGGGGAAGCCUCAUCACACAAAUGGAAGUCCUUGCAGGGACUUCAGCUGACAGGGUUCAUUAGCUGAAUCCUGCCCACUGUCUCUGACAUAGUUUGGUAUUAGAACAGUAGGGAAAGAACCACUGAAGUUGGCAAGUGAUGGCAAAAGCAUUCCACGUCUGCCUUCUUCCUGCUUCUUACGUAGGUCUACUUAUGUUCUGCCUAUAGGAUGUGCUGGGAUUUAAUAUGGCCGGCCUGCAGUUCCUGAAGAAAGAAAUAGAAGCCAAAGAUGAAGUGACUUUUUUUGCUGAUGCUACUGACCGAUUUGAGGAGAAAAAAAGGAAGAGAAAGAAGAAACAGAAGAUGAUUCUUGCAAUGGUCUAAUUGGGGCAUUUUGGAUUUGUUGCUCCAGGAGAAUGUGGGUUUGUUGUCUCCAGCACAGAGGGGUGUGAGGUUCUGUGGAAGCUUAACCCGAGCUGCGUCAGGUUGUCACUCACAAAUCAAAAGGGAGGGGUCAGAGAAGGAUCAAAACACCGCCCCCCCUCCCCAGCUUAUAUUUCACCUACUGUUUGCAGCUGCUGCUUUCGCUGACCUGUGGCCUUGGCACCUUUUAAACAGACCUCUCUUCCUGCCCAUCAGCGUAGUGACCUCACAUCGCACAGUCCAUUGGAUUUCGGAAUGAAUCGUCACCAAGGCUAAAUCAUAAGGGCAGUACUCCCUGCCCUCACUCAAAUGGACCAGUAUUUUUGCCGGUUUUCAACAGCAUUCCUCCUCCACCACCACCGUCAAAAUUUGGUGCAGAUGUGUUGAGUGAAGCCUUUCCCAAAAUGUACUUGUUUAGCUAAUCCCUAGAAUUAAAACUUCUUUGCAGUCUACCAUCUUCCUUUGCAAUUUAAGCUUCAUAGUUGUUUCUCAAGCAAUUUAAACACCAGAGAGGAGAAAAUGUUUUGAUACAUUAUAUCUGUUGGGUUCAGCUUGUUUCCUUUGAAGUUUUUCUGAACUAAAGUUCACUGAAGAGUUACAGAAGUUUAAAAAGCCCUCAAACGGUACAUGUACUUAUUCACUGAAUGCAUCCAUCAAGCAAUGUGGUGAUGCAUUUUCUGAGAAGGGAUGCUUAGACCUUGUUUAGAUGCUCCAAUACGGCCACAUUCCAAAUGCAAACCAGUAGCUAAAUUAUUGUGUUAGCUCUUAAACCAAAUUGGCUACAGGACUGAAAGGUCGAAGGGAAAUAAGUAAUAUCCCUCCCUUCAUCAUUAUCAAUGUGUCUCAGGUGUUCAAGACAUUUUGCAUUGUCUGCUCUUGAAUAAACUGAAGAGAUUUGUAUU